AUGAAAAAAUUAGUGGAAAAUAAAACAGGAUAAACUGUAAAUUAAUUGAUAGAUGAUUUAAAAAAUGAAGACAUAAGAAAAAGAUAAAUUUCGGUCGCAAAUUUACCUGUAAUUGCUAGUGCUUUAGGUCCAGAAAGAACUAGAUUAGAGUUAAUUCCUUUUUUAAAUGAAUUAAUGGAUGAUGAAGAAGAAGUAUUGACUUCAUUAGUUGAAGUUUUAUCAAAUUUUUUAGAUUUUAUUGGAGGUCCAUAACAUGCUUAAAUAUUAUUCGGUCCUAUGGAAUAUUUAUGUAAAUCAGAUGAAUAAUCAGUUAGAGAAAAGGCUUCUUGUUGUAUAAAAAAACUAAUUGGGUUUAUAGAUAUUAAAAAAAAUGAAGAUGUGUUAAUGAAUUUAGUUAAAAGGUUAAGAGAUUCAGAUUAGUACUUUGCUAAAGGUCCCGCUUGUGAUAUAAUACCCUCUUUUUAUGCUUAAAUAACUGCAUAAGCUUAAUUAGAAUUAAAUAAUUGCUAUUUAAAUUUAUCAAAAGAUGAAAUUCCUAUUAUAAGAAAAUAAUCAUCAAUUAAUUUAAGUGAUUUAAUAAAAGUUUCUUGCCCCAAAAAUGAAGAUUUCAUUUUAUAAAUUUUAAAUAAUUUAAUAAAAGAUGAAUAAGAUUUAAUACGUAUUUAUUUAGUUGAUGCAUGUGUUUAAUAUUUAAAAGUUGAACCUAAAUUAAAAAAUUCUCAAUCUGUACUUUAAUCUCUUAAAUCUUUAUCUGAAGACAGAUCUUGGAGAAUAAAAUAUUAUUUUUGUGAUAAACUUGGAGAAGUUGUAAAAACAAUAGGAAAAAAUGAAUUUAAAAAAAUGUUUUUCUAAAAUUAUAUUAGUUAUUUAGAAGACGGAGAGCCUGAAUUAAGAGCCAUUUCAGCAGGUCGUUUAGAUAUUGUAGGAGGAAAUGUAGAAGUAGAUGAUAUAAUUAAUAAAAUAAUUCCCUUAGUAAAAAAACUUUAAAAUGACAGUUAAAAUUAUGUUAGAAAUUCACUUGCUAGUAGCUUUUUAGGAUUAAGUUAAUUCCUAGGAAAAACUAAUACAAAUGAACUUAUAUUACCUGUAUUUUUAUAAUUAUUAAAAGAUGAAGAUAGUGAUGUUAGAAUAAACUUAUUUAAAUAAUUAAAUUAAAUAACGAACGUUUUAGGAAUAGAUAUGCUUUCUUAAUCCGUAAUUCCUGCUCUUACAGAUUUAGCAUAAGAUAAAAUUGGAGAAUAAGAUAGUCUUCAAUUGAAAUCAUUUCCUUUUUCGCAAAAGAAAUUGGAUAAGAAUUUUUAAAUGAAAAAAUUCUUAAAAUAUUAAUGGAUUGGUUGUAGGAUAAAGUUUUUGCAGUAAGAGAAUAAGCAGUUUAAGCAGUAAAAUCAAUUAUUUAAUAUUUGGGCUCAUAAUGGACUGAAAAAAAUAUUAUGGCAAAAAUUUUAAAUUUAUCAAAUUAACCAAAUUAUUUACAUAGAGAAACAGUUAUAUUUACAAUAAUAUAAGUUUGUAAAUAACUUAACUAAGAUUAUAUAAACAAAACAAUUUUACCCAUUUUAACUUAGCUUAGUAAAGAUCAUGUGCCCAAUAUUAGAUUCAAUGUAGCUAAAUCUUUAAAAAUAUUAGGAUCCUCGAUUAGAGAUAAGGAUUAUGUUAAAAAAGUACUUACAGCUUUGUGUGAAGAUAGUGAUUAAGAU